AUGGCUCAGGAACGUGCUGCUCCCAUCCGUCUGGGCUCUACUGCCCCUGACUUCGAGGCUGACACCUCCACCGGCCCCAUCACCUUCCACAACUACAUCGGCAACAGCUGGGCUAUCCUCUUCUCUCACCCCGAUGACUUCACCCCCAUCUGCACCACCGAGCUGGGUGCUUUCGCCAAGCUCGAGCCCGAAUUCACUGCUCGUGGAGUCAAGCUGAUCGGUCUGAGCGCCAACGGCACCGAGUCCCACAAGCUCUGGAUCAAGGAUAUCGACGAGGUCACCGGCUCCAAGCUCACCUUCCCCAUCGUUGCCGACCCCGAGCGCAAGGUCGCCUAUGCCUAUGACAUGGUUGACUACCAGGACACCACCAACGUUGACUCCAAGGGUCUCGCUCUGACCAUCCGCUCCGUCUUCAUCAUCGACCCCAACAAGAAGAUCCGUCUGAUCAUGUCCUACCCUGCCUCUACCGGCCGUAACACCGCCGAGGUUCUCCGUGUUGUCGAUGCUCUUCAGACCACUGACAGGCACGGUGUUACCACCCCCAUCAACUGGCUCCCCGGUGAUGAUGUUGUCAUCCCCCCCCCUGUCUCCACCGAGGAUGCUCAGAAGAAGUUUGGUGAAAUCCGCCAGGUCAAGCCUUACCUGCGUUUCACCAACCUCAACAAGAAGGAGUAA